AAGCCACAAAACAUAACCCUACUUUUGCACGUCAGAUUUAUAGGUUACAAUAACAAAACCAUAGAAUGCCCAUUGCACAGUUAGCUGGUAGCGAGACCACAAACGACUCAAAUAAAACAUUUGUGUUCAAAGAUGAAGGCCACACUCUGGGAAACGCAUUAAGAUGCGUUAUAUCGAGCUACCCUGAUGUUUUAUUCUGUGGUUACACUGUACCGCAUCCAGCCGAAUCAAAAAUGCACUUUAGAAUACAAAUGAAAAAAGGUAAAGCUGUGGAUGCCCUUAAAAGAGGUUUAGAUGAUUUAAUUAAGGUUUGUGAUGUUACGAUGGAGAAAUUUAAUGAGGAAUUUGAUAAUUUUAAUGAACAGGCUACUAUGUCCAUUUAGGAGUUCAUAAUGUUAAUAUUAUUUUUUUACUGUAAAUAAAUGCUUGUUUUGCUA